AUGGCCGAAGAUCCUCAGUUGAAUUCUAUCCAGCAACGGAUCGCCGCCCUUAACCAGUCGCAACUGGCCCGCCCACCGGGAGGACCUGGACCAUCAUUCCGCCCGACCGAACGGAGCGCGUCCGUCAACAACCCUCCCUCAUACGAUGCAGUCGGCUCUGUCGUGGAUCGAACAUCUGUCGGAAAUGAACCCGCAGAUAACAGAACUCAGAGGCCGGUCCUGCGACCGCCUCCAAUGGAAACUCUCCGGCCUCAAGUGAAACCAAAGCCAAAAGCCCCCCCACCAUUGCCCACGCGAAGGUCAGAUCGCCUGCCUCCCCCUACACCAGCCCGUCCUCCGCUGCCACCGCGUAGGCCAACGGACCAAAAGCGCCGGCCAUCCCUUGAGUCAGCCACUUCCGAUGCGUCACAUUCGACAACGUCGACAGCUACAACUACAACUACGGGGCGAGGCACAUCGACAACUUCGGUGAACUCUACUGGGAACAAUCGCAUCAAGGCGCCCGCAUGGGGUGAGACCGAGCUGCCUGCGUUGCCUGCCCGCAGACCAAAAGAGCAAGUUAGCUUGGAACCGGCCCCGCGGCCUACGAUUAGUAGUAAGAGGAGCUUUGGGAGCCUGUCUGCUCGACUGACCUCCAAAAUAUCGCUACCGGGGUCCAAACCGCCCGUUCCCUCUAUUCCAAGUCAGCCUGCGCAGCCGACUCAACCUCCUCGUCCUACUUCCUCUCCAAAUCCUAACCAGUCACCUCCACGUUAUGAGGAUGAGCAACCCCCGGUGCCUCGACUGCCAUCACGUCGGCCAUCCGCGGUACCCACAGACACAAAUGGAACUGGUGAUGACUCAAGUGUUAAUCUACCUAUCCGGAAGACAUUGCCUCCUCCACCAAUGCCUGCGCAAAGAAAGGAUCCUAGGCAGCUCGGGUUUGGUAAUCCCAAAUCCAGCACAGCUGCCCCCAAUGGAACACCACCACCGGUUCCACAUGGCUCUCGUCCGGAUUUAUCCAAAAUUAUGGCUUCAAAGCCACGUUUGAAUGGCUCGGCUGUGUCUCCAAGCCCUCCACCUCCCACCUCAGACACGGAAUGCAUGGUAUGCCGGGACUUCUCAGGUCCUGAUAACCAUGCGGCCCGGUAUCCUCGUGCAUCGCUUCCCACGCAGGAUAUGACGUGGCUGGCCAAUGAGCUGACAGCGCCGUUCCCAUCCUUGACAGAUAAGGCACGCGCGAUAUUUACGUGGUUGCAUCAUAACAUUGCCUACGAUACCUAUGCCUUCUUUAACAAUUGCGUGAAGUCCUCCACGCCAGCCAGUACCCUCGCAUCUGGACUGGCAGUCUGCGAAGGCUACGCGGGACUAUUUGCAGCAUUAGCCACCCACGCCGGCCUAGAGGCAAUCGUAGUCGGCGGUCACGGCAAAGGCUUCGGACACAACGCACUUGCUCCAGGGGCCCCGGUGCCACCAUUCGAAGGCAACCACGCCUGGAACGCCGUCAAAAUCGAUGGAGGCCGAUGGAAACUAAUCGACUCCUGCUGGGGUGCAGGAGCAAUAGAUGGCGCCGGGCAGCCAUACAAGCAACGAUUCGAACCGUCGAUGUUCACAAUGCCGAACGAAGAGUUCGGCCUAAAGCACUUCCCAUCAAACAAACGCCAGUUUUUCCGCGAGGACGGACGCCCGGAUAUAACCUGGGAAGAGUAUAUUCUCACAGACCCGGAACGACCAAAUGGCGUCCAAGCCCUACAGGUCUACAGCGACGCCGACAAGCGCACCAUUGGCCGGAAGACCUUCCACCCACAAGGCCUGCACAUCUCCAUCAGCACGCCUGGCGCAAUGCGCUUCCAGUUCGGUCUUCUCUGUCCGCACUGGACCCUCGCUCGCCACAGCCACAUCCAGCAUGCGGGCUUGUUCCUGCUUAUGAUUCAUGGCGUGGACGGGCGCGAGGACGACAAACUCCCUUUCACGCAUGUACCAGGCUCCGGACCCGCGGGCGGUGGUGAGUUCUGGUAUGUGGAUGUUCCUAGUGCGCGUAUGCUCGGUGCACCUGGUCAGAAGCUGCAGUUGGCUGUGUUGACUAGCUUUGGGGAUCGGAAGGAUGCUAGUGGUGUUACGGCGCAGGAGUUUCAGGAGAAGGUUGGCCGUGUUGGUAUGGGUUGGGCUUAUGUUGCUGAGUGGGAGCUGGUUAGGUAG